UGGGAAUCCCCGGUCUGUCCCUUUAAACCUGCAGCAGCGAGUUGGGCAUGAACGGUGCUGGACACCACCAGGACGUCCGGUGUGCGGUGGUGGCAGCGAGCGGCGAGCGCUCGGGCUGAAUCCCCCCCGCCCCGCACCGCACCCCCCGCCCCAGCGCUCAAGGUGCUCGGAGCGAUUGUUCCCGGCUGAGCGGCGGCAGCGGCAGGCGGCAGGAUGAGCACGCGAGGGGAAGGAGCCGGCCAGCCUUCCACUUCCACUGCUGCCCAGGAGCAACCUGCAGCCGCAGCGCCGCAGAAGAGAGGACGGGGCAGACCCAGGAAGCAGCCACAAGAACCAACUGGAGAACCAUCUCCUAAAAGACCAAGAGGAAGGCCAAGAGGAAGCAAAAACAAGAGCCCCUCUAAAGCAGCUCAGAAGAAAGCAGAAGCCACUGGAGAAAAACGACCCAGAGGCCGGCCCAGAAAAUGGUGGAAGAAUAAAAGAGAAAGCCCUGUCUCCCCCACUGACACUCACGCUGAUGGUCUUGGCUGGGAAACAGAUACUGUUGGCAGAGAUCAGAGAGGAACUCACAGUGGUAGCAGAAGAAAAGAAUUUGGCAGGGAGCCGCAACAAGUGGUUCAGAAGAAGCCUGCUCAGGAAGAGACUGAAGAAACUGAAGAGACGUCCUCACAAGAAUCUGCAGAGGAAGACUAGGAGACCACACCAUUCGAUUUCUACCUCAUCAGCAGUUGGGUCUUUUGAAGGGAGAAGACGCUGCCUUGACCAC